UUCCACUCCCUGUCUCUCUCUCCCUCCCCCUCUCGCAGUCAUCUCUCUCGACUCUCCGACCUUCGUCCUUUUUUAUCUUCUCCAUUUCUCAUUUCCGCGCUCUCCUCUUCGUUCCAUUCCCGAAGCCGUGCAGCAGGCGCCACCAGCUUGAGCGACGAGGUCUCCGACCUUCUCAGCCGGGUGAAAAGUGCAGUCAAGUAUACAUGGCCAGGGAGAUCAAAACAGGCGAGAUUGUUGCUUUGAAAAAGAUACGCAUGGACAAUGAGAGAGAAGGAUUUCCUAUAACCGCUAUACGUGAAAUCAAAAUUUUAAAGAAACUUCAUCUUGAGAACAUUAUUCAGUUAAAAGAGAUUGUGACAUCUCCAGGACCUGAAAAAGAUGAACACGGUAGGCCAGAUGGCAAUAAAUACAGGGGAAGCAUUUAUAUGGUAUUUGAAUACAUGGACCAUGAUUUGACUGGGUUAUCAGAUAGACCUGGAAUGCGGUUUACAGUUCCCCAGAUAAAGUGUUACAUGAGGGAGCUGUUAACGGGACUUCACUAUUGCCAUGUUAAUCAAGUUCUUCAUCGUGAUAUUAAAGGUUCCAAUCUUCUAAUUGACAAUGAAGGGCAUUUAAAGCUUGAAGAUUUUGGCUUGGCUAGAUCUUUUUCUAGUGACCAUAAUGGAAAUCUCACAAACCGUGUCUUAACUCUUUGGUAUAGACCUCCAAAGUUGCUGCUUGGCUCCACUAAGUAUGGGUCAGCUGUGGACAUGUGGUCCGUUGGUUGUAUUUUUGCUGAGCUACUAAAUGGGAAGCCAAUCUUGCCUGGAAAGAAUGAGCCAGAGCAGUUGAAUAAAAUAUUUGAACUAUGCGGAUCACCUGAUGAGGUUAACUGGCCGGGAGUUUCAAAGAUUCCUUGGUACAAUAAUUUCAAGCCUUCAAGAUCAAAUGACGAGGCGUCUUAGAGAUGUUUUUAAGCAUUUCGAUCGACAUGCUUUGGAGUUGUUGGAGCGGAUGCUAACUCUUGACCCAUCUCAGCCGCAGCCCUCUUCGUCCUUAUCGCUGCCUCUUCCCUCACGCGCCUCUCGCAGCAGCAGGCCUCUUCGUCCUCACGAAACUUU